UUUGCUUUUCGCCGUGGAUGGAGUCAAACGGAGACCGUUUCACUUGAGGUUGCUCAACCUUAAAGGCUUCGUCGCAAAAAUUGGGAGGCUGCCCCGUGCAGCCGCCAGGGAUUCGAUGGCCCACAUCAGUGGAGCGGCGUACUGUAAAUGAAGCAAGUCCUGUUCGAUUUGGGUUGCAAUUUCUGAAUCUACACCAUAACUUAGAUUGUUCUCCAUAUGAUGCACCGAAUUUCUUGUUUUUUGACAUUCUGGCAGGAUGUCAAAUAGGAUGAUGUCCGCAGUGUGUUUGCGGGCGACAGGGCUGGGGAGAUUGUCAGUCUUGGCGGGACAUUGAUAGACCUUGACUUUUCCCUGCUACAUCUCUCUGUCUCCUUGCUGUCUCUUUCUUGAUUUUUUUUCCCUCUCAGGAUUCAUUUCAAGGUCAUUCAGCCAGCGGACUGAAUCCACCUCUCGCCAUCAUGCCCGGGGGGAUGCAUCCGCCGUUGUCGGUGAUCGCAUCGUGGCCACCACGCAACACCGUCAACCCUGAGUCGCAUGGCCCCGCUGCCCUGGUGCUGGCUGCAGUUGUUGGGGGGAUGGCCUUCGUCACGGUGAUGGUUCGGCUGUACGCGCGUUGUUUCAUUCAGCACCAGGGCGGCAUAGAUGACAUCUUAAUAGCCCUGGCCUUGCUACCCACUCUGGGACUCAUCAUUGCAGUUCCCAUCGGCACCGAAGUGUACGGCGAGAAAUACCAUACGUGGGACAACACUGUGUCGGCGCUCAUCGGCGAGCGCAAAGUCGCGGUGGCGGCGGAGCUUUGCUAUGUGUUGGCCUCGGGGCUGAUCAAGUCGUCGGUGCUGCUGUUCUAUCGUCGCAUGAGCCAACGCACGGUCUCCCCGCGCUUCCGGGCGCUGAUCUGGGUGAGUAUCGCCUCGGUGAUCGCCUACAGCCUCGCCUUCGUGCUCGCCCUCUUUCUGUCGUGUCGACCCUUCCGGGCCUUCUGGCACCAGGUCGACCCGUUCUGGACAGUGACCCAUCACUACUCGUGCUACGACGAGGGCGCCCACCUGAUCACCGCCACCGCGAUCAGUCUCGCGCAGGACCUGCUGGCGACCACCUUGCCCGCGGUGUUUUGCAUUCGAUUGCACAUGCGCCGCCGGCAGAAACUGGCGCUGACGGCGGUCUUCUCGGUGGGGUAUUUGACGGCGGUGAUCGCGGGCAUCCGGGUUUUCUUUCUGUGGCGCAUGUACUACGAAUCGUACGAUGGCUCCUGGAUGGCCUGGUACUGCUGGGUGCUGGCCCUGCUGGAGGUGGCGCUGGCAGCCACCUCGGCCAGUCUCCCGGCUGUGAAGGUCUUCUUCCGAUGGUACAACGUCCCCGCCAGUCUGGCGGACAAGUUUCGGUCUUUCAAGUAUAGUCAUAGCUACAGUACCCGGAGCAGGCAGUCGGGGGUGACGAAGGGUUCACGGGCUUAUCGUGAUCGUCGGUCGAAUAACACGGAUCAGUCUCUGGUCACGAUGGCGGCCGAUCCGGAGAUGGAGCUGGAGUCGUUCACGCCGGGCUUGGAAGGAGAGUCCAAGGGUGCAUCGGAGCAGUGGCAGUGCGUGAGUAGAGAGACUGUAGUCAUUGCCGACGUUAAAAGGCGGGUGGACAACGAGGGUUACUUUUGCCGCGAGGAGGAAUGCCUCCGCUUCGCGCAUCCCAUCGCCUAAACGGGUUAACUUACCCG